AUGGACGAGUUGAAGGAUUUGCUGAAGCAGGAGCGGCAGCUGAUUCUGACCAUCAAUGGUGUAGGAGAUUUCGUGGAGGCGUACAAGAAGGCGGAGCAUGAGAACCAGAUCUCGAUUCGGCUGGACACCCUGGAGGAGGCAAUGAGGAAGUUCUUCAAGGUGCGCCGCAAGAUCGAAGCCAUGAUCGACGACGAGGAUGAGGACGAAGUUGUUGGAGAGUCGAAGGAGGCUCGGAAGAAGCGGUUGGCAGAUCUGGUGGUUCAGCGUGAGAUGGAGUACAACAAGGCUCUUCGUGACGUCGAGGAGAGGUACUUCGCGGUGAAGGCAAGGCUUGUCGCGCUGCGUCCGGUCAAGGUCGAGCCCACUCCUGGUGCUGACCUGAACGAAACCUGCUUCGAUCGGUCGAUUUCGCGCAUUAAGUUGCCGGACAUCAAGCUGCCCAACUUCAGCGGCGAGCUUAAGGAUUGGAUCCCGUUUCGCGACACCUACAAGAGCCUCAUCCACUCCAACGUGCAGCUGCCGGACAUCGACAAGUUCACAUACUUGAGGUCCGCUCUGCAAGGUGAGGCACAGCUGGAGAUCCUGUCGGUCGAUUUUUCUGCAGAAGGCUACGACGUUGCUUGGAAGGCACUGGAGAAGAAGUACGACAACCACAAGCUCAUCGUGAAGGCGUACCUGGACGCGCUCUUCGACAUCGAGCCGCUGCGGAAGGAGAGCUGUGACGGUCUGUCUCACUUGAUCAGCGAGUUCGAGACGAACCUCCAGAUGCUGAAGAAGCUCGGUGAAGGAACAGAAGCCUGGUCGACGAUCCUGGUCCACAUGCUCUGCGCGCGUUCCUACCCCGUGCACCAAUCCACUUCUCGAAACACUCACCCACCACCACCCACAGACUCUCGCAAUUCCACCACCCUCAAUGCGGCAUCCCUCCCCGCACAAAAUGCACCCACACUGUCCCGCCAAGUCCUCAUGUCCACGGCUGUAGUUCGUGUUGAAGACCAGUUCGGAAACUAUUCGCUCGCUCGGACACUUCUUGAUUCGUGUUCCGAGUUCUGCUACAUGACUAGCACCUUUUCCAAGAAGCUGAAGUUCCGGACAACACCCGACGUACUGAGAGUACAGGGCAUCGGAAACGGCUCGGCGACGUCGCUGAAGGCCGUACGUGCGAAGAUCCAGCCGCGGUUGGAUACGAUCUCGUCGUUCUCGGAGGAAAUGCGGUUCCACUUGCUGCAGAAGAUUUCCAGUGACCUACCCGCCACACCGGUCGACAUCAGCCAGUUGAUGCUCCCCAGUGACAUCAUCCUCGCUGAUCCGCACUUCGGAGAACCUGGUCCCAUUGAUAUGAUCAUCGGUGCUGAGUUUUUCCUCGAUCUGCUGUCUGCUGGUCGGCGUAAGAUCGUCGAGGACGGUCCAACGCUGCAAGAGACUGUGCUUGGGUGGAUAAUCUCUGGAAAGGUUCCCGCAUCGUCGCCCAGUAUCCCGCGCACGGCAACCUACGUCAGCUCAACAGUUGACCUGAAGGAGUUGAUGGAGAGGUUCUGGGAACUGGAGUCGUGUCACGUCAACAGCACCCACUCUGUGGAAGAGUCCACGUGCGAAGAGCUGUUCAACAAGACGACGAUUCGAGACGCAGAAGGAAGAUUCGUGGUGACCUUGCCGAAGAAGCAACGAGUCAUCGAGAAGCUGGACGAGUCCAGAAACAUGGCGAUGAAGCGGUUCAUCGGCAUGGAGAAGCGGUUCACGACGAAUCCCGCACUGAAGUUCAUGUACACGGAGUUUGUGCAUGAGUACCUGCUCAUGAAGCACAUGCGAGAAGUGAAGGAGGACAGCGGAGAAGGCCCCGUCUACUACCUGCCGCACCAUGCGGUUCUGAAACCCGACAGCACGACCACUAAACUGCGCGUGGUCUUCGACGGAUCCUGCGGCACCUCCAGUGGUGUGUCCCUCAACGACGCGUUGAUGGUAGGACCGGUCGUGCAAAGCGAUCUCCUCUCGACCGUGCUACGGUUCCGCUUGCAUCGAGUCGCGUUGAUCGCUGAUGUGGAGAAGAUGUACAGGCAAAUUCGCGUGACGCUGUCCGACCAACGCUUGCAACGCAUCUACUGGAGAGACAACGAAGACGAGCCCGUCAAGACGUACGAGCUUUCGACCGUCACCUACGGAACGUCCAGCGCUCCGUAUCUCGCUACCAGGUGCUUGAAGAAGCUUGGAGAAGAUUGCGCGGAAAGCCAUCCAGUGGCGUCUCGCGUCAUCCAAGAAGAUUUUUACGUUGAUGACAUGCUGUCUGGCGCAGACAGCAUCGAAGAAGCAAGUACGCUGAUGAAGGAAGUCCGGCAGGUCACCGAUUCAGCUGGGUUCACGCUGAGGAAGUGGAACUCGAACUGCCCAGAGCUGCUCAAGCGGCUCCCGAAGCACCUGAAGGACGAGCGCAGCACGCUCGAGAUCGAUCCUGCGAAAACAACGGUGAAGACGCUGGGAUUACGAUGGGAGGUGUCAACCGACAUGUUCUGCUUCGUUCUCCCACAAUGGAAGUCGGAACUGUCCCCCAUCAAGAAGCGCACGGUCCACUCGGAUUCUGCGAUGCUGUUUGAUCCCGAUGGUUUCUUGGCUCCGGUGGUCGUUCAAGCAAAAAUAAUCUGCCAACAGCUGUGGAGGAUAAAGAGCGACUGGGAUGUACCGCUCGACGAAUCGCUGCAGCAGCUGUGGAGAGACUAUCGUAUGAGUUUGAUGGCGGUCGCGACGAUUAAGGUGCCGCGCUGGAUUGGGUUCAGCACCGAUUGCGUCGAGAUCCAGAUCCACGGUUUCUGUGACGCCUCAGAGCGAGCUUACGGUGCCGGCCUCUACCUCCGCUGCACUGCGCUUGACGGUUCCGUCACGUGUCGACUGUUCUUGGCCAAGUCCAAGGUAGCUCCGAUGGAGAACCUGAAGCGCAAGAAGAAAAAGGUCAACAUUCCACGCUUGGAGUUGUCGUCUGGUUUGUUGUUGUCCCACAUGUACGAGAAGGUGCAGUCGAUUCUACCAGCUGCACAGUUGUUCUGCUGGACGGACUCGAUGAUCACGCUUGGAUGGCUUGCGUCACCCCCGUCACGUUGGAAGCCGUUUGUUGGAAAUCGGGUCUCGGAGAUUCAGCACAUUACGAGAAACGCAAUCUGGGGACACGUGCCUGGAGAAGAGAAUCCCGCAGAUAUCAUCUCGCGAGGAAUGUCGCCGGCGCUACUACAGUACCGAACUGACUUCUACGAAGCGCCGCGCUGGGUCGUUCAAGAUCGGGAGAAUUGGCUACGAACACAACGUGUGUCCUUGGCGGACUUCGACCCAGAAAUACUGGAAGAACGUGUCACCCCAGCAUUUCCCACUCAAGUGCGACCUCCGCACUGGUUGUUUGGACUGUGUGGCUCGUACAUGGAGUUGGUACGCUUGGUGACUUGGCUGCAAAGGUCCAAGUUCAACCUUUCACCGAAGAAUCGAGCUGUUAGGAGAGUUGGAUUCCUGACAUCCGAAGAGUUAGAAGAAGCUGUGCUGGUUCGACUGUCGCAAGAAGAAUGUUUCCCUGGAGAAAUGCAUUGCCUGAAGGCCGAUGGUGUGGUCCACCCAACGUCGAAGAUUGCACGCCUCAACCCACAACUGGUGGAUGGCGUCAUGCGAGUCGGUGGUCGUCUCUCGAACGCGAAGAUCUCGACCAACCGGAAGCACCCCCUCAUUCUGGACCAUCACCAUCCGUUCACUCGACUGGUAGUGAUGUACUUCCACGAAAGACUGUUUCACGCAGGGCAACAGCUGCUCAUUGCGAGCGUCCGCUCGAAGUUCUGGCCUGUCAACGUCCACAGCCUAGCGAGACAGGUCAUCCACGAAUGCAUCAGUUGCUUCAAAAGUAAGCCGAAGGUGAUCGAGCAGAUCAUGGCGGAUCUGCCUGCUGAACGAGUGAAUCCAGCGCCACCGUUCCUCCACGUGGGCGUGGACUACUGUGGCCCAUUCCUCGUAAGCUACCCGAAUCGCAGAGCGAAGCCUGUGAAGUGCUACGUGGCCGUAUUUGUGUGUCUCGCUGUGAAGGCUGUCCAUCUGGAACUAGUCUCCGACCUGACGUCCCAGGCAUUCAUCGCAGCGUUGAGAAGGUUCGUGGCACGCUGCGGCAAACCGCUGCAGAUCAAGUGCGACAACGCCACCACGUUCGUCGGAGCGAAGAACGACCUGAUGGAGCUGCACCGGCUGUUCUAG